AUCUUUUCUUUUUAAAUCAAAUAAAUAAAUCUAUCAUUAUUAUUAUUAAUUAAAUGUGGUUUAAAACCGUUAUUAUCUAUCGGCGUUUGCUGGCCCAUCUGGUCCAGACUUGGUCAGAAAAAUUACCGCUCUUCUUUUUUCUAAUCAUUAAUUUUCUGCCGCAGCCUAAGCCAAAAUCAAAAUUUCGUGUAAUAUAAAUACGAAUGACUUUGUAUUUGCAAUCAAUAAAUUUUUCAUAAUCUAAUAAUUAGUAUCACUAGUAAUUACCCAAAGCAACACCAGCAACAAUGGUUUAUCCAGUCCCAUUAAUCACUACCAGUAGAAAGAUCACAGAUAAUGUCGUUAUCACUUCGCUGCCAUUCUUAAGAGGUGGCUACUUUAAUUUUGGUGCUAGAAUGGCUUUAAUUAAUCAUAAUGGUUCAAUUGUGGUUUGGUCUGCUAUGCCUUAUGGUCCAGAAGUUAUUAAAGGAUUACAAUUAUUAACUGGAGAUCUUAAAGCUGAUAAAUUCAAUGUUACUCAUUUAAUUAUUCCUGAUAAUGAACAUACUAUGGCUAUUAAAUCAUUUAAAGAAGUUUAUCCUGAAGCUAAAAUCAUUGGUCUGGAUUCCGUUACAUUUGAUAAAUUUGAAAUUGAUUAUAAGAUUCCUGAAACUUUAGGUAAUCAAUUACUUUCAAAGAAAGAAUUAUCUACUGAUGUUGGAAUUAAAGAAGAUACUAUUUUAAAUAAUUUUGAAUUUGUAUUUUUACCAUUCCAUGCUAAUAAAGAAUUGGUGGUUUAUGAAUCAAAUUCAAAGAUUUUAUUUGAAGCUGAUUUGAUUUUCAAUUUAGGUGCAGAAGGUACUACCACUGGUAAAGUUGUAUCCGAACAAUAUUCUCCUCAAACUGGUUAUCCAAAGGGAUUUAAUCCUCAUAGUGGUUGGUCAUUUCUUACUAGAUUUUUACAACCUCAUAGUUCCCUUGGAACCUUUUUCUUUAAUCUUUUAGCUUCAAAGAAGAGUGGUCCAGGUUUAAAAGCUAUCUAUGGUUGGAAUUUCGAAAAGAUUGUUUUAUGUCAUGGUAAUAUCAUUGAAAAGGAUGCAAAAUCAACCUUUAAACACGUAUUCAAAUCCUAUGUAUAAUAGCUGUUUUUUUUUUUUUAAUUACUUCAGUUUCAUCUCAAUCGUUUAAUAUCUCUUUUUGUUUAUUCUUUUAUUCUAUCUAUUUAUCUAUUUAUCUAUUUAUCUAUCUUCUUGCUGUGUUUAGUUUAGCAAUAUCAUCUAUUAUUUAAUAUAAAGUUAUUUAUCUAUAGCAUCCACACCGCAGUACAUUUCUCUUUUGGUAAGCCCCACAGUUC